UUUAGGGACGUAGUGUUAAGUUGAUUUCACUGAUAUUUUCAAUUAUUUAUAUUUUUCUUCGUUCUAAUGUAACUAAAUUAGGGUCCUGCAACUGUAGGAUCUCAAAAACACAAUGGCAUUAAGAAUUGGUGGGUGGUUUGGUUUAAUUUCCGUGAUAGUGAUAGGGUUGUUUGGAUUCGGAUGGUAUUUAACAAUUCUUUCGUUUGUGGUCUCGUUUCUGGCAGGUAUAUUUACCAUUCUUUACUUAAAUUAUGACGACAAGAAAAUCUUCAACGUAGACAUAAAUUGCCUGGAUGACCCACUGCAGCGAACAAAUUAUUCUAUCCAGUCCCCAAAGAUCCUAGAGCUAUUCAAAUCCAACCAACCUUUGCCAAAAUUUGACCAGCGCAUUACUGGCAGUGAUACAGUGGACUCCUUCCUGAAUGAAAUCAUCACUAUCAUCAUAAAUGACUAUGUGACCACAUGGUACGGCAUCUUGACUGAUGAUGAAGAGUUCACAAGCCAUUCAAUAAAAAAAUUGGUGAUUUCUACAAGUGCUAAUGUAGCCAAUAGAGUAAAAAGCGUGGACUGGAUUCACCUCCUCUCGACGAAAUUUCCUGAGGAGCUAACAAUGCACCUAAAGUUGUUCAAACAGUCGAGAGUGAGGUUGAAGCACAUAGAUCUAGUAGCUGCUAAAGAGGUAAAUGGCAACGGCAAACCUAGUCCAAAGAAGGAGGAAAAGAAGACGCAUAGGAGGAAUAAGAGUGACACAGAUUUGUCCUGGCCCCCAGAUACGCAAACAUUUGGAAAGUCUAAAUUUUACGAUAGCUCCGAAGAUUUAAGUGGGAAAUCAUUAACUGACUUGUUCUUCGAUUUGGAAACCUCAAUAGAGAACAGACAGCUCUGCCGCGACGCUUUUUGCACCGAUCCUAAAAAGGAAUAUGCAUUACUAUGCGAAGUGUCCGAAGCCGUGAUCUACCUAGUAGCCCCCGAGGAAGUGUGGAAAUGCCACGCCUUGAAGCUGUUACUCAUUGAUCUACUGUCCUCGGUGGUUCUGCGACCUGUGGUGGCGCUACUCAGUGAUCCGGACAACAUCAACAGAGCCAUUAUUAGGACGUGUUGUCGCGACGGGGUUCUGCCGUCAGAGCAGUUCCUCACAGUGAUAAGGUGCUGCGGCGACGCCGAGGAACUAGAUGCCACGCUGGAAAUGGUGCAGAAAGACAUACAGAAACUUCAUUCGAGAGAUAGUGCCGGAGAGUGGGAAUUGCAAGAUCGGCAGAAGCUGUCUUCACUGCAAUACCUCACUAGGAUCCUACAAGCCCGAAAAGCCACUUUAGGUCCUCAAGGAACCAGCAGCGCCACAGAAGUGAAAUUGUCCGAAGAAGUGAUUAGAUCCGAGAAAUUUCUGCGAGCGCAAGAGAACUGGAGGUCCCAAGCGCAGUACACACUAGACAUAGAACUCAAUGAAGCAGUGACUCUAUUUCGGAGGAUGUCAACAUUAUCAAACAGAGACUCAAUACAGUCCUCUAAACUAGUAAUCGACAAGCUUCGGUCAUCCGCCUUAGAAGUUUGCGACACGUACUUGUCUCCGAGCCGAGUGAGCGUGCUGGGUCUCCCGGACAACUGUUACGCGGAGUUGGUCAGAAAGAUCAAUACGGAGGGAGAGGAGUUUACGAACAACCCCGUUAUAUGCUUCGAUGAAGUGUACAAAUGUGUUUGGGAUGCCCUUCAGGACGAUUAUUCGUGGCAAUUGUAUUGCAUGACGAACGGAGAACAGGACUCAACUGCUAACAGCGAAAUCAAAAAAGAUGACAAAGACACCAAGAAAUAUAGCGGAGUAGACACGUUACCAGUGCCUGGUGCAAGACACAACCGAUCCCGGUCUGAUAUUGUGGGGAAUUUGGCCCAGAAAAUGAUCAACGAAGGUGCAGGACCGUCAAAUUUGACUUCUCCCAACACAAGCAAUAUGUCGCUGUCUCACUCAAACAUCAGUCAAAACGCAAAGAAUCUCACCUCUCCAUUGCAAGCGUCAAUCAUUGAAACAGCUUUGAUGCAAGACAAAGGGAAGACAAUUGGAAUCUACGCUAUAGCAGUGACGAGAGUGUCAGAUAACGAGAAAUGGCAUAUUUAUAGGAGAUACAGCGACUUUUACGACUUACAUUCAUCGAUUAAAGAUAAGUGGCCGGAAUUAGGCCAUCUACCUUUUCCUGCGAAGAAGACGUUUCAAAACACCUCCCGCGCCGUCCUUGAAACCAGAAAACGGAUGCUUAACAACUACCUGAUGAAUUUAGCGAAUCUUGCAAGGGAAGCACGUUAUAUGGCGCUCUGGUCAGCAGAUUACCUAGGAGGCUUCCUAAGCCAGGAGAUACAGACGGGAAAGACUAGCAAUAUGUUCGAUGCCCUGUUUGUGAAUUCAAUAAAGGCUGGUGUGAGGACCUUAAAGAAUAUGCCUGACCAGUUUGCCAAUACAGUCGAUGGAGUUAUGGAUGGUAUAUCAAAGGUGUUCCAAAGCAAAGGAAGCGACAGUUGUGAGGACCUCAGAUAUGGGAAUUCUUCGGAUAGUCAAGACGAGGGUGACGAGAGCGCAGCGCUGCGCCUGCUGGAAGAAGUGUUAGGCAUACGGGGGCUGUGGCUGCGGAGGAAACUGCUCGCGCCCUUGCGCACACUUAUCGCAGACCGAGUCAACAAAAAGGUGUUUGAUUUAGUCUCUUCGGUGACUUCGCCCCGGAACGUCGUUCAAUAUCUUAAGACAUUUAAACAAUGGCUCACGAGCCGCAACAACCCGCAGGGCGGUAACCGCGAUGCGGCCACUAAGGCCAGGACCAGAGUUGCCGCCAAAGUCGCCCUCUUAGCUGCCUCAUCAGAUGAGCUGAAACACAUCGUUGGGUCAGACGCGGCCAGACGGGGCCUACUUACAGUCUUCGAUCUAUUCCAAAGUGAAGAGAUCAACAAGAGGCUUAUUUUCGUGCUACUGGAAGCUACACUGGCGAACUUGUUCCCAGACAACGAAUUCCCAGAAUUGUUCAAGAAACUAUACUCUAAUUCGCCGAGAGUGCCUGCCUCUAAGAAAAAUGUUAGUACUUAGAUUAAAUUAAUAAAAGUUAAAUACAUCGUAUUUAAAGUGAAGGGUCCAGCUGGUCCGAUCUGUUCAAAAUGCCGCGUGCCAAGUUUUUGACUGGAAUUGAUAUGUUAUUUAAAUUGGCG